GUAUCAAGUUCCAUUUGUUCGGAAGUAUUGCUUCAAAGUUCACAUGCUUGACUCUUAGGUUGGAUUCAACGCUGGUGACGGAGUGAACUUUUAUAGUGUCCCUGGAUCUCAAACAGAUGCCGUCGUCAAUAUCGAAAUGACAUCGAAUAUCUGUGUAUCUGGAAGAUGGGUGUUCAGGACAGACAACUCCAACAUUGAAGGACUAGAAUGUACUACCUCCGAAUCAACUCCGAUUCCUACUACUAUGAACGUACCAACGACAGCGAUACCUGUAACUUCGGAUCCAGUCACAUCUCAAACCGCUGCUGUUGAGUCAACAGGCCUCAGUGACGGAGCCGUAGCAGGCAUUGCCGUCGGAGGUGCGGUAAUCGUCUACCUCAUAUUCUUCCUCUUCGUGAUGUCGUUCUUCAGAGUGCAUCAGAUGAUGUCUUAUGACAGGAAAUUAGGGAGGUCAAUCAGUCGACUCGGCCCAAACAGAGAGAGAGAACGAACUGGCUAUCGCGGAGAGGUUUUUCAGUUGGCCGACUACCCGUCCGACAUGGAGCUUGGCAACAUGCGUAAGCCUGGCUACUCCCGUGGUGCAUCCACCUCAGGGAUCACUUAUAACGAGGGGUUUAUUCGACCGUACAUGGCACCAUCAGGGAAUAGUAGAUUGGUACACGACCAAUACUACUGAUGCCAUCAAAAGCUCUGACACAACUUUUAAAUUCAUGGACAGAAAUCACAGUUGCCGAACAGCCCUCGUCCAAAAAAGAGCAUUCUUUCAUUUCUUGUUUUUCAAACUGGAUUUGAACUUAACUUUAUAAAGAUGUUUUCGUGUUAAAUUGUUCUCGAACAUGCCUCGUGUAAAGUUCUUUUAUCCAGGGGAAAAAGCGCUAUAUAAAUUCUAUGCUACUAUUAAUGAAUUAUGCUUAAGGUAUUGGGUGAUUUAUUUUUACAUAUACUUUACUGGGUAGUAGUACCGUGUGAGUCAAAAAAAGGUUUACACCUAGAGAAUUGCUAAUUAUUUUAAACAUCAUUUAUAUCUGCAAAGACCGAAUCCCAAUAUGUUUUAUUCAAACAUCCCAUAAGAAACUUUGUAUUUGCAAUUCACAUUGUCACAAAAGAUAACCUCAAAAUAAAUACGUUUUUUUCUUCAAUGAUACAGAGACAUGAUUGAAUGAAAUAGAACAUCUCAUAAAAUAUCAUUCAGUAAGAUUUCAUUAUACUAUACAGAUACCAUUCCAUUUUUCUUUAUGGAGUUCAAAACGGUUGCGUUUAAAAGAUAUUAUGCGUUCUGUUUUUUCUAAUUGUAUUCAAGAAAAUAGGAAGGAUUUGAGUUAAGGAACGAUGUUUUGACAUUUACAUGAAAAGAUAAAAUAUUUGCCAUUUAAUAUCAUAAUAUUCACCAGAUAAAAGUUUUCUCUUACUAAUGUUCCUAAGCAAAUUUCUAUACGUGAUAAUCUAAUGCGUCGGAUCUUUUUAGAAAUUAGCCAACUGUACAAAGCAUUCCAGAAUCAUGAGACAAAAAGGCAUUCCAAAAAUUAAUGAAUUAUUGUUUGUUGAUUUUGAUUACAAAAUUUACAUAUAUUUUGAAUCAAAAAUUCAAAAAAAAAAAAAAAACAAGACCUCCAUAUUUCGUCAGAUCAUUUUACCAUUUGAGUUGUUGAUCUGUUUCUAAUAAAGCAAUAGUAUAACUGCGUAUAAAAGAAGAGUAACACAAUUUAGAAAGUUCUUUGUGUUUAAGGAAAUUGUGUAACCUAUCAUCAUGUUGUUCACUUAAUUAAUUUUUCUAUAAUAAUAAUAAUAAUAAUAAUGAUAAUGGGUUCUUGUUUAGCGCUCAUGUCAGUCAGAUUUGACCCUCCUGGCGCUCCCGAUUAUUACCCCGGCUUUAGCACGACUGCCAUACGGCGCUCUAGCAUUUCAAGGAAUAAAUUCCUACCAGGUACCCGUUUACUAGAUUGGCUUCUACUUUCCCUUUUCCAUUAAUUUGGGAUAGCACAUAUAAGCGAAUUAUAUACCAUAAUAGGUACAUAACCAUAUUUCUGAACAAUAACUUCAAAAGUUCUAAAAUGUCCGUCUCGUGUAAAAAUAUCAUAUAUAUUAAACAAGGAUGAAUCAAACCAUUUUUUGAAAUAUAUUGUUUUUCCAUCAACUAAAAUGUGAGAAUUAAACCACAGAGGUUGAGAUAGUAUUUCCUUAAACUUAACAGGGUUGUAGUAUAUGUAAUAUGACGAUGAAAUUAAAACAUAAUUCCAAAAAGACUCAAUAUUUGGAUUAAAGGUAAGAUGGUUCUGGCACAAGUUCUAUAAUAUAAAGUUUUCCUCGCUAUUUUAACGAAGGGACUGUUUGAAAAACAACUUCAAUUUCCCGUUAUUUUCGUGAUCUAAGAAUCGUUUGAUCCAUGAAAUUUGUAUUGCUCGAUUAAAGCAUAACAAAUGUAGCAUUUUUAGACCACCAUCAACGUAGUCAUUGCAUAACAAAGAACGUUUAAUUUUUUCAACUCUUUUACUUUUUUACAAACUGCUCAUUGGAACCGAAUUUUCGUAAAGCCUUGUACAGAGCAUUCCAGCAAAAACGAAACCG